AUGCUGAGAAAUGGCAGCGCCACGGACCUCCCACCCCUGUUCACGGGCUGCAGAUACGCCUCGCCGAGCAGAAGCGGCGCGAGCCCUGCAAGCCCAGCCGUGCCCCUUGAAACCCCUGCGGCGCUUUUUGACUUGCAGCAGAAGCAGCGGGACCAGCUAUGGCGCGUUCAGCGGCUCUGCGACGAGAGGCUCCAGGGUCUCGCAGACAAAAUCGCCGUUGUCUGCGAAGACAUCGUCGGCGACGGCGCACUGAACUCCCUGCAGGCGACGGGCGGCUACGGAAAGCUCGCACACCAGCGCCUCAAAGAUCUGAUUGAAGAGGCCGUCGUGCGCUACAAGGAGAAGGAGAUCAACAGCUACAUUCGGCGCGUGGCGACGCUGGAGGCCAGUGAGGAGCGGCUGCGGCGAGAGCUGGAGGAGAAACACCUUCAAGUCAACAAGUCGAUCGAGCGCAUUGUCGGCAGCAAUAACGUUGGCCUGCGAACUAUCAUGCAAGAAGUCCACGACCUGCAGGCCACCUGCUCCGACCAAGCUGCGGAAAUCGCCAGACUCACCAAGGACGCCACACACUACAAAAAACGGUAUGAGCAGGCGAUGGAGGAGUCAAGCAACUUCCACGAGGAGCUUCUCAAGGCGAGUGAGAAGGAAGGGACGCUCGAGAAGAAGACGCGGGAGUUGGAGAGCCAAGUCUCGCAGCUGAAGUGCGACUUGACCGAAGCUAAGGCGUCUCUGGACGAAUGUGAAAAGCGAAAGCAGGCGAUGGACCUUCGCAGUCAGCACCUGGAACAGCGCCUCGAAGACUACAUCGAUCAAGAGGCGAAAAAACACCAAGAAGUCGUCCAGUUCAUGGACCGAAAAAUGCGAACUGCCACUCUGCGGAUCUCGCAGUAUCGCGACCAGCGUCAGCGACUGCUGAACGAACUGCGGCGUGGGCGGCAGCGGACGGAGGAGCUGAGCAGGCACCUCCAGGAGAAGACGCGCGAGGUGGACGCCCUCAAAUGCCAAUUCGACGUGAAGGAGUGCGAGUUUCAACAGUUCCGCUCUGUCGCGGAGCACGAAAAGUCGCACCUGGAUGUGCAUGUCCAGCAGCUGACGCAGGACGUCCACGCCGCGCUGACUGACUGCGCGAUGAAGACGACCGAGUUGGAGGACACGCGGAAGGCUGUGGACGCGCUCAAGACGCAGCUUGCGCAGCAGACGCAGACGCUGGAGUGCAUGCGGGCGGAAGCCGAAUGCCGCGACGCCGAGCUGGCGCGAAUGCGAGAGGCAGUGGAGACGCACAAGAGUCAGUUCGACGGCGUCAUGCAGGAGCGUGCGCAGGAGACCGAAGCGAGCCGCGCGGCCAUCGAGAUGAAAGACAACGAGAUCCUGCAGCUGAAGAAACUGCUGGAGCAACAGAAAACCGACGCCGACCAGGAACUCGGCAAGCAAACUGAGCAGGUCGAGAGCCUCCGCCAUGCAAGCGACAUGAAGGAGCGCGAAAAUGCGCACCUCCGGAAACUGCUUGAACAGCACAAACGCGAUUUCGAAGCCGAAACAAAACAAAAGGAACACGAACUUGAGCUGAAACACCAAGAACUGCAGAGGGCGCGCGAAGCGGCAGAAAAAAAGCAAAUGCAACUGGACAACGCCAUAGCGGAGUGCGAGGAGCGAGGCCACGUGUGCGCGGAACUGCGGACGCAAGCCGCCCAGUUGAAGCGUCGCUGCGAAGAGGCGCUAGCCAGCCACCGCGUUCAGGUGGAGCACAUGCACGAAGACUUUCACAGAGAACUCGCCGCGAAGCUGCGCGAAAAGGAUGAGGAAAAGGAACUCGAGAUCAAACGCAAGCUAGAUGAAUCGCGGGAAGAGAUCCGCCGGUCUGAGGCAGAGGCGACGGAGUUGCAGAGGCGGAAGACCGCCGCAGACAUCCAGCGCAUGCAGUCGAUGAUCGUCACGCUGACAAAUCAAAAUAAGGGCCUGGUGAAGCAGUGCAAGUUGCUCGCCGUCAAACUCGAGGAGUCCACCAGCAACAUCGAGAAACUGAAGGACGCUCUACAAGUCGAAAAGUGCAAACUACUGGAGUGCUCAGAGAAGGCCCGCGACGCAGGCCUGCUGCGUCAGCGCGUGGCAGCCCUCGAGCGCAGCGCGGCGUCUCAGCGGGAGCAGAGUCAGACGUUGGUUGCGGAGCGGAACGCGCUGCAGGAGGACCGCGACCGCCUCAGCUGCGAGGCGCAGGAGCUACAGCGGAAGUGCGCCAAGCUCCUUGAAACCUGUGAGGCCUUUGAGACUCGCGUCGCCGCCCUCGAGAAAGAGCUCGCCGCAGGCACGCAGCAGCUCCGCGAGCGCAGCAGCGACCUCAAUUUCCUUCACGAGGAACUGGGCUCGAAAGCCGAAGAGGCGGCAAUUUACAAGGAGAACUUGAAAGUGAUUUGGUCGUGUGUUGUUGAGCACCUGCCAGUGAACGAGCGCGACCAAAGCGAAAUCUGCGUCUCGCAGCGGCUGUCGGCUACCGCGGUUCGCCGCGUGCAUGCGCUCCUCGAAGACGCCGUUGAGGAAGUCUGCUCAAGAGCCGCAGCCAAGAUCUCGAAGCAGCGGCUGAGUGCAGCGGAGCAGGAGACGCUCGCUGAGCAGCGCGCUCGCGCGAGUCUCGAAGACCGACUCCGCGCGAAGGAUAAAGACGCGGCAGACCUGGGGAUCGCGCUCGCGGUGGCGAACGAGAAGCUGCUGGGCUGCGAGCAGGAGCUGCGCAUGCGCUCCGCAUCCAGGAAUCAGAUGCAAGAAAAACUCGCGACGCUUGAACAGACGCUGGAGGAGAUGGCCAAGGAGAAGAGUGUCCUCGGGAAGCGAGCCGCCUGCCUCGAGCAGGAGCUCGCCGAAACGUCUGAAACGAAAAGCGAGAUCCAGACGCGACUGGGAGUCAGAGAACGCGACCUAGUCAGCCUGUGCAAGGAGAAAGUGCAGAUCGAGGGUCGCCUCAAGAACUACGAGCGAGAAAUGAACGCUCUGAGUUCGGAGAAUGCCAGACUGGAGGCGAGGCUUGCGGCGAACCAACAGGCGUUGCUUGAAGAGAAACAGAAGCAAGAAGAGAUGCAGAUGAUCGCGAUUCAGCUCGAGAAAAAGUGCUUGAACACCCAGAAAGAGUGUGAAGUGCUUCUCGAGGCCAACAAAACGAACUCGGAGAACUUGAUGAAGCAGGCUGCACAUGGGUUUCAGAAGGAGCUUCAGGCUCUGCAGCUAAGACACCAAGAAGAACUGGAAACCCGCGAGGCGGAAACGAGGCGCGUCCUCAACUCCCGAAUUGAUCAGAUGGCCGCAGAAGCUGCACGCAAAGAAGAAGAACUCAUGGCUGAGGCGGAGGCGCGCCGGCGCGAGCAUCACACCGAAAUGCAACUCCUCAGGUCAAAGAUCGCCCGCGACCAGGAAAAGCAAGCAGAAGCUCACGAGGCGAUUGCGCAGCUGAAUCACGAAUUGAAUCUUGUCACGAAUCGGUGUACCUGGCGAUCGUUGAACGAAGAGCUCGAUCCGACCUCAGACGCGGUGCGCAUGGUGGCAUGUAGACGCCAGCCCUACAUUAACAGCUGGGUGCUGAAUGCCUCUCUCCGAACGCAGCGCUCCCCUCGUUUGCCCGAGUCAGCGCUCCACAGCGGUUGCGAGGCCUUGGGCUCCAUUGGGGACAGUGCCGCCGAUCGGAGUCGGAGCCCUCUCCACUGUCUCUCUUCGCCGUCCGCGCUAAGGUCUCCUCGACUCCGCGCGCAAGCCAAUUCGCCGGAGCCCGGUGCAAUCGGCGGAGACAGGACCGGCGCGCGUUCUCCUAUGUGCCGCCUUGGAAAGACAUGA